UGAACACUUAAGAAGAGGCAACAUACGACAUACGAUGGGGAGAGAGAAGGGCAAUCGGGUGGAGUGGACAACUCCCACACCCCUCCACAGACCAGCAUGAACAGAGCUGGCCCAGCAGAACGAUAUGCCCUUGUUGAGUGAGAGCGUCACCGUUUAUACUAUCAAUGUGCAAUAAGGACAUCUCUGUAGAUUCAUUGCGCCUGUCGAGAGAUACAGCAGAGGAGCCUUUAGAAAUGGAUGCAUCAAAUGUGUCAGUGUUGUCCUCAAGCUUUGCAUGGCCUUCACGCACAUCUGAUGCGCUAUCAAGCAUCCAUAACAACCAAUCCUCCAAGGUAGAUGAAAGAAGAUCUCCACAAGCUGUGGUUCUAAAUGGAAUAAGUCUGCCCGUCGUUCAAAUUGCCCAACAGGAAGGUCAGCAGGCACCCUUUCAACUGGCAUCAGGUGGUACAAGCUUUGCCAUUGAAAAUGCCAACCUGUCUGUCAUAUUUACCCCUCAGCCUCAAACUGUCCUUCAAAAGCCUCCAUCACAGACUAUCACACUGAACAUUAUGAACAAUUUACCUAUUCUGAAUCCGAAUUCCCCAGCCAGCCUCAUUGGUGCAAGCCCAGGAAAAUCAAAGAGUAUUGGAAAGCACAUAUGUGCCCAUUGUGGCCGGGAUUGCUUGAAGCCAAGUGUCCUAGAGAAGCACAUUCGCUCACAUACUGGAGAGCGACCCUUUCCCUGCAAUAUAUGUGGCAUCUCAUUUAAAACCCAAAGCAACCUUUACAAACAUAGAAGGACACAGACUCAUGUCAACAAUGCCAAGCAGAGCUUUGAUUCUGAUUGUGGUAGUUACCAUGACGAUAAGCUCCAUGUGGUACACAAUACAUGUCUUGACCUCAGCAGUGGAACAAGAGAUGCUUGUAUGGAUAACAGUCACUUCAUCCAGAACAAAAAUCUCAGUGGUGUCCUAGAGAAUGAUUGUUUAGAAGGAAGCAAAGGAGAUGCAUGUAUACUGUCACCUGCAAAGAUCCAUGACAAGUCACAUGGAGAUUCUGAUUAUUUAUCUCAGACCAUUUUCUCACCAGGUAUGCCAAACCUACAAAGAACAGUAAUAGAUCCAAAGUCUACAGGUUCAAGUAGACACGGUCAAUUACAGAGGCAACAUGAAACCUGUGUAGAUAAGCAAUGGGACUCUUCCCCAUCUGAAAGGAAACUAAAAAAAUGUGAAAGUACAGAUUCUGGGUACUUAUCCCAUUCAGACAGUGCAGAUCUUCAAAUGUUUUCUGGAAGCCCUCUUCAUAGCCUUAGCGAGUGCAGUAUUGAAUCAGAGAACAUGCUUGGUAUUGGCUCUGGGUACGUUGAGGAUAAGACUGCAUCCUCACACAAGAAGAACUUGGAGGAACGUAUCUCCAUGCUAAUCUCUCAGAAUAAAGCAGUGGUGGAUAACACGCACUUGGACAAUGUUCGUCCGCGAAAAACUGCUCUGUCAAAGCAAGGUAGCAUUGACCUGCCAAUGCCAUAUACUUUCAAAGAUUCCUUCCACUUUGACAUUAAGUCCCUAGAUGCCAACAGAAAAAAGUUGUCCAGUUGCUCUGCUAAAUCUACUUUUACUCCAUCAGAGAAGAACAAACCUUUGUUUUUUCACUCUGUGCCAACUCAGAUCUCUACGACUAUAGAGAACAUAAUAUUGACUCGAAGUAACUCAUUGCCAUUUGUGGAGAGUGGUAGACUGAAAGAUAGACUGAAUGUUCAUAACAUUUUAUCGCAUGGCUCAGGAAAACAACCUUUAAAUGUCAGCCAUGGUAAUUUAUUGCUCUCCAACACUGCCACAGCCUGCACAGUGGACUUUUCCAGCAGCCACCCUCGGGGACUUGUUAGACAAGCAGCUGUAGAUGAGAUGCAAAUUUGCAAUGGUUCUGACCCCACCAUCUGUGAAGAAAUAAAGGAAAAGAAUAAGGCUACAGGAGAUCAAUUUUCUUCAAAGUCGAAAAUAGCAAAUAAAAAAGGUGGACAAAGAAAACUAAACAUGUUCUCUCAUGAAAAGUGGCAAAUAUAUGGGGAUGAAACAUUUAAGAAGUUUUAUCAGAAAAUGAAAAAGAGUGAUUUGGUUAAGAAAACAAAACAAGACACUUCAGAAUCUAAAGGUAUAAUCGGCAAUGAAAUUUCCUUACAACCAGCUUGUGAACUGGGAAAGCCAUCUAAAAAACUCAGCUCUGUACCAGUGGUUGCACCUCCAACUUCAAGUUUGCAGUUUACUUGUUCUUAUGCGAUCACUUCAGCUAGCAAAGAAAUAGAUACUCCUUUAUCUAUUGGAAAUGGCCAUAUAACUCUAGAUAUUGAGAGUAAUGUUCAAGGAAAGGUGUCAGAAGCUAAAUUCAGCAGUGGUAUAAAUAUGUCCAAAGGUGAUAUGAAAGUUGAACAAACUGUUCCAAAAAAUGUUCCAACUCCUUCUACUGGUGUCUGCGAUAACUCAAAUAUUGUUGUAAUGGAAAAUCAGCUAAAAGGACACGACCAUUUAGAAGCUGAUAAUUUUAAAAUCCAUGAAGGAUCCCCAUCGGAUAGAAAAAAAAUUAAGGUGGCCGGGUUGAAAGGGGAGAUAUUAUACAGUGUUUCCUUGGACAUUCCAGAAGAUACCAUUGACCUUAAGAAUAAGAAUAUGGACUGCAUAACAGAUAGUGGAAAUACUAUGAGAACAUUAAGUGGUAGUGGAACUAGCACAGUCGUAUCUUGUCAUUCACUUUCCACCAUCAUUAAUAAAAAUAUUUUUCUUUCCCAAGAAGAUUCUGGACAAAUACCAGCACACUCAAAAAAAGGUCAGCAUGUUAUCCUAACAACUGAAUCGUCAUCAACACUGAAAGGAAUGUUAUUUUCUCCAAGAUACUUAAUAGAAUUUAAUUACGCUGAAACUUCUGUGGACAAAUCUGUUUUACAGUCAAACCAGCCUACAGUUUGUGGUAGUUUCUCGAGUGAUUUGAUCAAUAUUACAGAAGAUACCAAUUCAAACUCUCUUCAUGCUCCAACCAAAGGAUGUCAUCAAACCUUACUUGAAAACCAGCCAAAACUGACACAGGACUCUGUAAUAGCCCCUGUUGGGAAGAUAAAUCUUAUUGAAGAGUGUGUUCCUAUAUGUUGUUCCUCUAAGAUUUCCCAAAAUCUAGUACAGAACAAAAGCUUAGACACUCAGGGAAGUCAGUAUCAAAAAGUCAGGUUAAAUGACACAUAUCUAGACAGACAUAACACUUUUGAGGACCAUAAAGCGGUGAAAGGCCUAAUAUCUAAACACAUUGAUUUAAAGUCUUUAUUAAGCACUGACACCAUGUCAACCAGUGAGGUUAAAAAACUGCCUCACGAUCCAUUGCUUUUAGAUAUAAUUCAGCCUGGAGGAAAUAUUUGGAAACCACUUAAUAGAACUGGAUUUCUAAACCAGGAAAACUCAUCAUUCUCCACAACAUGCACCUCUUCAUCAUCAGGUAUCUAUAGCAUCAAGGUCACACAGGUCACUUUUUCAACAAUGAACACGGAACCUAAGUCUACAUGGUGCUGGCUGAACAGAUGUCUGCCCCUUCCAGCAGAGCAAAAGGAAAAGUCAUGUUCAGUUUAUGCUUCUUUGUCAAGUGAUGACUUUAAAGAAAGGAAACUUGAACCUCAUGGAAACAGAAUUGAGAAGGACAUGAGCCACAUGACAACCAUUGAUGGGCAACCAAUGAUGUCACUAAAACAAAAGAAUUGUUUUAAAGAAGAAACAGACAAAGGGAUUUACCAUCCAUUGGUCAAGAAGUCUAGCAAAAUGGGAACAAUAAUGAAAUCUAGACAUGUAAAAAGGAGCAAAGAUGGCACCCGUGGACAUUCCCAUAGCAAAAUGUCCCAGCACAAGACUACAGGAGCUCUUGGCCAAGACCAACAGCAUACGCAAAUCAGUUGUCCUUCAAAUCUUGAAACAGGGGAAAUAUUACUGAGGACUGCUAACUUUGAGCUUAGUGAUAAAGAAGGCAGCAAGGCCAGGAUCCAUCAUCCAACAUUUCAUCCGGGAGGUGACCUGAAUCAGAAGAAUGAAGAUAAAGCUACACCGGACAGUCAAAUGAAUGAAGGUUCAAUAACAACAACUGUUCAGGAAGAUAAUCAGAGUCUUCAACCUAUGGAGAAGACUACUGAUCUAAGACCUCCCCGGUUAGCAUCAUUAUCUUGGCAAAAGUCCUGCUUAAAUGCUCUUCCAACAGAUAAUGAGGUUGAAUUACAUCAACAUUUAAGCAUUUGUCCACCAAGAAACAAUGUCAGGAAAAUUCUUCACAGGUCUAAGACAAUAGGACACAGCUUAGGAGACGAUGCUGUAGGGUCAACAUCCAGGAUGACAUCUUCAGAGUCCCAACCAAGACUCCCUGUAGAAGCAAAGGAUGGCAUUGGCACGUCAUCUUUACAAAACACAAGUUCACUUGGUUUCCAUAUGGUUCCAAAUACACAUAGUUCCGGAUCAUCUCUGGAACCUGGGACUUUAUCCUUAAACCAUGGAGAACCCUCAGGCCCUCUAUGUCAAAGUCAUAAAACACAGAAGAAGAUUAAUUUGGAGCUGAUGAGGAAACAAACCCAUGUAGAAUAUAGUGAUUCCAGCAGUGACGACGAAGACCGUCUGUACAUAGAAAUUCUAGAGUAGCCCCUUGAAGGAUACUUGUAGACGUGAUAAAGACUUUCCUGCCAGGAUGAUUUGCCUUGUUAGACUUUCAUGGUGGACCUUUUUUUUUUUGUAAAUUAUGAUGGGCCUAACUUUAUUUCUGGUAUCACAGUGAAACUUAACUGAAGUCAUUCCAAACAUAUUGCAGUAUAAUAUUUUGCAGUGCAGCUUUUGCCUGCAUAUAGUGUAGACAGAUAUUAACAUUUGAUAAUUCACUAGGAUUCACUAUAUUUUUGUUAGAUACCGUAAAUCAAGUUUUUAGUUUAUUUUUAUGCAUAUCUUCAUGGAGGCACACCACUGUUAUGGGGUGCUGUAGUAUCUUCCCAUAGUCAGGGAUAUUUGGGUAAUAGGAACACUGGCUAUAUUCUCACUAGAGUUGAACGAACCUGCCUUUUGGCAGAUUCGAGUAUCAGGGUUUAAGUGAAUUACGUAAUUGAUUCAGUUCUCACGGAAUCCAUAACAUAAUUCAAUGCGGCAUGCCAAAUGGAAAACCUUUAGAGGCAUUCCAUUUUGCAUGCCAUUAUAAUACAAGUGUAUGGCCAGCAGAACGGAACCCUCGGAUCUGGCAAUACACUUGUAUUAUGUGGCAUGCCGGCAUUGAAUUAUGUGAUGGAUUCCAUGGGAAAUAUGUAUGCAAGGAAGCUGGCUUAUAUUUAGACCGCCGCUGGAUACGCCAAAGUUAUGUAGAGGCUGGUGCCUCUACAUAAGUUCUGCGGAUCCACCCCUAGUGCAGGGGAUUUUUAGGACCGGCAUCUAAAUGCCGGUCUUAAUAAAUUACCCCCAUCAUUUUUCUCAGCAAUUGCGGGCACAUAUGAACAUGGGACCAACACAGAUGCCUUCAGCUGCCAAGUGCACAUAUAACAGGUCAGCAAGUCUCAUAGAUACAAAUCUGCUGAUAGAUGCCUUUUAAACUGAAAGUAAUGUCCUAUGAAAUUUAAGGUGCCCAGGCCACAGUAACUGCAUGAAGAUUACUGCUUAUUGCCUGGCUGCUUCUCUAAUUGUUACGGUUUGAGUUGCAAGUACAGAUGCAGCGUGGCAAUUAGUGGUAAUUCGUGUUCGUUUAGCCCAGCCUGGCUUCACCGCGUACGGGCACGCUAUAGGAGUUUUACAGUACUAUGCUAAUCAAGCUUAAAUAUUAUAUUAUACCAAG